AAUCCACUUCCCUAAAGACAUGAACCCACGUUUAAACAUAGCCGAUGGCCGACCCAAGCAGCUAGGCCAGGAUACCAGGACUGCUUGCCCACAUAUGUGCCACUCCUCAACCUAAAAAGUUCUAUCAAUUUGUGCCACAGUUGCAAUAUGAGCAAAACUUUGUGCUUGAAUUAUAAAAAUUCAGUCCAGAAAACCAAACUACAAGCACCCAAGCCAAGAGAGCAGAAAAUUCGACGCCUUUGGAAGUAAAACCAGCAAAUAGCAGAGACCAUACUACAAUGGAAGGAAGACGAUUCAGAAGGUUCGGGAUGCCAAGACGAAACCCACAAACCCACUCUCCCAAUCUCCUCCCCACUCACACCCACACUCCCUCCGCCUCCACCAUAUCCUGCUGCUACUGCGACUACAAAUUCUGGGCCUUCAACGACCCCCUCUUCCACUUGGGCCGAAACCACUCCCUCCCUCUCAAAGCAUGGUUCUCCGUCGGCGUCGGCUUCGGCCUCACCGCCCUCCUCGCCGCCUCCCUCCUCCUCAUCUUUGAACUGGGCCGUGCUCUCACUCUCUUCCCUAACCACCUCUUGUUGGAUACCUUCCUCUCAUCUGUCUCCGCCAACCCAUUGAACGACGCCGUCUAUGUAGUGGUUGCGACCCUCGUUUCGGUUUCGGUGCACGAGUUCGGGCACGCGCUCGCUGCUGCCAGUGAGGGGAUACGUAUGGAGUAUGUGGCUGUGUUUGUUGCGUGUAUCUUUCCUGGGGCUCUGGUGGCUUUUAAUGAUGAUGUAAUGCAAGCAUUGCCUUGUUUUACCGCGCUUCGAGUAUACUGUGCUGGGAUUUGGCACAAUGCAGUGUGCUGUGCGGUUUGCGGGUUGGCAUUGCUACUCCUGCCGGUGUUGCUGUUUCCGUUUUACAUACACGGUGAAAGCCCCAUGGUGUUGGGUGUACCUUCUACGUCGCCUUUGUCUGGUUACUUGUCUCGUGGUGAUGUGAUUGUAUCGGUGGAUGGUGUACCCAUCCGUAAUGCGCAAGAGUGGAUGGAUAUGGCGGCUUUCUUGAAUGAAUUGUCACUUAAUGAUGGAAACCACAACGUGGAUGUCCAAAGCGUUGGGACAGUCAGUAACAGAAAGGGGUACUGUGUUCCUAAUCCUAUGAUGGAAGAAAGCAAACAGAUGCUUAUACUAGAUAAUCAGUAUUCAUGUCCUGACGGUCUUACGUCAUUUACAACUGUUCCCUGUGCUUAUACAAGCAUCAAUAUUGAGAAAACCUACUGCUUGAAUGCUAAGGAUGUAGUCAAGCUUAAUAAAUGUGGUGAUGGAUGGCCGCCAACCAUCACCAACGGCAGCAACUGCAUAUGUUCACAGGACGAAUCCUGCUUAAGUCCAAUUCAAAUUCCCGGCUUAAUAUGGGUUGAGGUCACUUAUUCAAGGCCCUAUUCUCUGGAAUGCUUGCGAGUUAGAAGAAAAUCUUUUGCGGACUCAAGAUAUUCUGAUUCGAUGGAAUCAAACUGUGGCGGGACUUUUGUUUUUGUUGGUAACGUUAUCUCCAUGGCACGCUCAGUCCAGUUAACUGCAUAUCGACCUCGUUGGGCAUUUCCUUUGGGUACAUAUCUUCCAAAUGUACUUGAAAGGAUUUUGAGAUGCACAUUCCAGGUCUCUCUAACACUAGCUCUUCUCAACAGUUUGCCGGUAUACUUACUGGAUGGUGAAUCAAUUCUAGAGGCGAGUCUUCUACACUUCACGUUGCUAUCCCCAAGGAAAAGAAGGACAGUUGUUCAAGUUUGUCUUUUUGGGGGCACAGUCAUUUCCAUCCUAGCCUUUUUGAGGAUUGUUUUAUAUGGUUUGUAGGCCAAAGUUACCCUCGGUUACUCAAAGCACCCUCAUUAGAGAGUUCAAGAGCUCUGGCAGAGGCAGCUGACAGCAUGGCUGUUAUGGGCAUUAUUGGUAUACAAAGUACAACACUUUUCCUUCUUCAGCUUCUACUAGAUUACAUUAUGUAUAGAAAGCACUGUUAUUGCAGCUGAGCUUCAAAACUGAGAAGUAAUGCAAUAUUAUUGAAGCCGAGCCCUGCCAGAUGAAUAGUGAGGGCAUCAAACCAUUGGCUAGCCUUGGUAACACUUCCAAAAACUAUAGUUGCGCCCAAGUGCAACCUUGCUUUUGUAGUCAGUUCCAUAAAGUAUGUAGUCUAAAAAACUGAUUACACAGAGGUUUAACCUGGUUCUGCCGGCUUACUUUCAAUUCUUUGUAUGCAACAUCAAAGCUUGUUAAAACUAUUCUAAUUUUUGAUCCCAGAAAAGUUGAACAGAAUUGAGUC